UUGGAAAUGAAAGAAGGAUUUUAGUAAAAGAAUUAAAUUUACAAUUAUACCCAUCCCUAUCCCACCUCCUUCGUACACAUCUGCAUAUGUUUCUUCUUCUUCCUCCCUUUCCGCUGCAUCAUAUUUCCACCAUCUCAAACCAGAAAACAACAACAGAAGCUGGGGCAGAUGAAACCCAGAAUCCAUUCUCUUCAUGCCGUCGGAAAUUGCCCACAUCAUGAAGGAGGAAGAAGAACCCGACCAUGAAAAUGGUAUCAUCGGCGCCAACGAAGACGGGGACGGAUAACCCCCCGGUCGGAGUCCGACCUCUUCUAUUAUGUGUCUGGCGGAAAUAGAGUCGAACUUUCCGACUCACUCCACCAAACAAUAGCGAGAGCAGCACCAACAAGAGUCGUUGAGAAUCUGUUCAGCGGAGGAAAGUGUCAAAUCUCGACCAACCGGAAAGGGGAAGAAAAGCAUAGUGGGACUGAUGCCAUUGAGUCGAACGAAAAUGGCGAGUGGCGACGAUGAUUCAAAUCGGGUGUGAGAGAGAUCGUCUCUGGUCGACAGGUUUGGAAAGGAAGGGAAGAUUCUGGUGCUCGAUACUGGGUGGUUGAAAAAAGGUAGCAGAAGGGAGAAGGAAGGACAAGUUUGGAAGAAAGGGGAAAAAAGAUGAGAGAUUUCAAAAUAGCUGACCCCCAUCAGCUAUUUUGAAAUCUCACACUUGUGGGUUUUCGAAAUCACUAAUGUCAACAAUCUCUCAUACUCCCAAACGCAGGAAUGUUUUAAAAUCCUGCAUAAUGAGGGAAUGUUUUAAAAUCCCUCACAAAUCUCUCACUAAAAUCCUUAAUCCAAACGACCCCUUUAAGAAUUAGAACCACGGAUCAUUAUUCUUAGUUAGAGGUGGGAAUUCUCUUUCCAAUCCACCAAUCCAUUAAAAAUAUCCACCUAAUCCAAUCCAUUUAAAUCCAAUUCAUUUGAUCCUAAUCCAAUUGGAUUGGUGGAUUCAUGGAUCAAUCCGUGGAUUCAUGGAUCAAUCCAUGGAUCCAAAUGGCAAAUUACAGUUUGGUACCUAUAAUUUUUAUAUUUUACAUUUUGGUACCUAAAAUUUAAUUUUUUAUACGAAAAAUAUCAUUGGAAAAUUACGUUUUGGUACCUAAAAUUUUUCAUUAUGACAUUUUAGUACCUAAACUUUUCACAUUUUACAUAUUGGUCCAAGGUUGAUGAUGUCAUUUGGAUUCAUAGAUAAUCCACCAAUCCACUUGAUCCAAUCCAUGAAUCCGUUUAUAAGAGACCGGCAAAUUAUUGAUAACAUCCUUCUCGGACAUGAGUUAAUGCAUUAUUUAAAAAUAAAGAAGCAGGGGAAGAAGGGGUACAUGGCUCUAAAGGUUGACAUGGAAAAUGCCUAUGAUAGAGUCGAAUGGCCCUUCCUUCUGACAAUUUUGGAUAAAAUGGGUUUUAACUCUGUUUGGCAAGGAUGGAUACAUGAAUGUCUUAGAUCCGCUUCUUUUUCGGUACUGAUGAAUGGUACACCCUCGGGUUUUUUCAAUUCCUCUCGGGGACUCCGACAGGGAGAUCCGUUGUCGCCUCUCUUGUUUGUGCUAUGCACGAAGGGGUUUGCGACCCUUCUUCGGAAAGCGAUCUCGGAAAAGAAGUUGGAGGGGGUGAAAGUGGCUCCACGUGCUCCUAGAAUCUCGCAUUUGUUUUUCGCGAAUGAUUCCUAUUUAUUCCUGCAAGGUUCUCUUCAGGAGUGCGAGAAUUUAAUUGUGGUGCUGAAUGAGUAUGAGGAGCUGAGUGGGCAGCGGGUUAACCUGGAGAAGUCGGCAGUCUGUUUUAGUAAAAAUGUUGCCUUGCCUGAUCAAGAAUUUUUGGCCGCGAUGUUAGGGGUCGGUGCAGUAGGGGUCCAUGAUAAGUAUAUGGGGUUACCCACUUUGAUUGGGAAAAAAUCCAAAACUACCACUGUUUAAAAAAAAAUUACAAAAAUACCACACACGCCAAAUAAUUUCCAAAAAUACCAUCAUUUAUAUAAAACCGCGCAUUUAAUGAGCGGUUUUUAAUGAAACCGCGUCUCCAGACGGCGGUUAUAGAACAAAACGCGCCUCCAAGGCGCGGUUUGACCUUGCAUGGCUGUCAAACCGCGUUGCCACGUGGCGGUGCAUCAAACCGCCCGUUGGAGGAGCGAUCUGACGGCCAAAACGCGUGCCAACUCAGCGAUCCGCGUCGCCCACGAAAACUGCUCCCCCGAGGCGCGGUUUGACCGUUGGGAAACGCAAACCGCGUGCUGGAGGCGCGGUUUUCGGCGGGGAAAAAUUACUGAACCGACCUUCCCCCACGCGGUUUGGCAGCUAUAUAACCCCCCCCCCUCCCCCUCAUUUUUCUGCACACCAACCACACUCCCCCCCCUCUCUCCCUCUAACUUCUCUCUACCCACCCCCCUCCCCACCCAAAAAACCUUAGAAUUAGUUUUUUUGUUGGUUGCGGCAAAGUCCGAUCUGUCUCCAAAAAACUUUUUCUUUGGUUUUCACUAAAAAACCGUCGAACCUCUGUCCGGAUUCCGAGAGAAUGGCCGAUUUCGCUCAAGAAGAGGGCCUUUUUUAUGAUGAUUAUCAAACGGUACGUACUCAUUUUUCCCAAUUGUUGUUGUUGUUAUAAUGACUUAUUUAAUUUAUAUACUAAUGAUUUACGUUAUUGUUAUGCUACCCCUUGCAUGCCGACAUGUCCGACAUGUUGGCUGUCGGGUGACCAGGCACAAACCGCGCCUUGGGGCAGCGGUUUAUGUCCUGACCUUGUAAACCGCCGCUUGGGGAGGCGGUUUGUAAUGUCGACAGUUAAACGCUCCCUCUUGAAGCGUUUUGUGGUAGGGUUAGCCUAUAACCGCUCCUUCCAGAAGCGUUUUUUUCUGGAAAUUAAAAACGCUGCCUGGAGGCGCGAUUAUAAUGUAAAACGCUUCCUGGAGGCGCGGUUUUAUUAAAACCCGCUCAUUAGAGGCGCGGUUUUAUAUAAACGAUGGUAUUUUUGGAAAUUAUUUGGAGUGGGUGGUAUUUUUGUAAUUUUUUUUAAACAGUGGUAGUUUUGGAUUUUUUCCCUUUGAUUGUCCGCUCCAAAAUGGCGACAUUCCGGUAUUUAGAAGAGAAAUUACUGGCGCGUCUGCAGGGGUGGAAGCAAAGGACUUUGUCCUGGGCGGCAAAGGAGACUUUAAUUAAGUCAAUAGCUUUGGCCUUGCCCCUGCAUGUUAUGUCGUGUUUCCGGUUGCCCCUCACUCUCUUAGUUAAGAUUGGCUGGCGUAUUCUCAACGAACCUCACUCCCUCCUUGCUUAGGUGUAUAAAGGGAAGUACUUUCCUCAAGGAACAUUUCUGUCUGCUACAGCUCGUUCACGCCCUUCUUGUUUCGGCAAUGAAUACAACUAUCGCUUCCAUCGCGGACAAUCGAUGAUGUUUAAGAUGGGAAUUAGGAGAGUUUCAAAAUUCUCGUUCGGCUCCAUUGGUGAAUCUGGAAGCUAAUCAACCAGACUACAACAAUUUUGUUAUAUCUUCUCGAUUAAAGUUAUAAAAUAAAUAAAUAUCUCAAAAUGUAAGGAUUUAUCCACCAAGUAAUCAAUAAUUUUAUAUUUUUUAAAGAAACACUUUUUCCUAAUUUGACUAACAUACCGUUUGGUAUAAAUGAAUUUCAUAAAUUUUGAGGAAUUUAUUUUGAACUGAAAUAUUUUUGUGUUUGGUAUUAAAAAAAUUCAUUUUCAAUUCUAAAUUUUGAAUUCUAGGGAAUUGGAACUAGUUAUAGUAAUUCCGAUGAAUUGAGAUAUAAUUUCCUAAUGAAUUCCACAAGUAUUUACUUAUUAUAAUAGAAUGACAUGAUUAUC